AUGAAUAUUAAUGAAGAUAAGAAAUAAAUUGAUAGAUUAGGAACAGCAAGUACUAUGAAUUAAACUAUUUAAUAAUCUUAAUUCUAAUAAUAAUAUUAAAAAAGAGUCGAUUCUACCUCAGGAAAUCUGUUUCCAUAAAAAAAUAAAAUUGAUUUGAAUCACAAAUAAAAUACUCGAUAUCUUCGUUAAGAAUAUGCAAAUGAAUCUGAAGAUUAGAGAUAAGAUUUAUUAUAAACAUAACAUAAAUAAUAGUAAUACAUAAUUCAACAACAGAAUUCUCAAUCAAAAUAAAAAAAUAAAUAAAUAAACUAAUUGAAUGAAUCACAAAAUUUAAUUGAAGAUAGGUAAGAGGAAUUUAACAGUGUCUAUGAUGAAGAAAAUUUAGAUUCCCCUAUUCCAAUUUAAAAAAAAACCAAAGGAGAUAAUGUUUAUGUCAAUUGGUACAAUAUAUUUGAAUUUUAGUUAGAUGUAGGCUUUAAGUGAAAUCUUAGUUAAAUAUAGAAUUUAAGAUAUAAAUCAGCCAUAUUUAAAAAAAAAAACAUCAUCUAAAUGUUGCUGUUUCACAAUUACAACAAAAUAAUCAUUCUACUAAAGUUAAAAAUUAAUUAUAAUAACAGAAGGUAAAAAGUAUUACGAUGAGAAUGAUAUAAAUCAUUGUAAUCUACUUUAUUCAAUUCUCUAUUAAAUGUUUUAAUUAGAGAAACUGACAAAAAAAAAGUCAAAAGAAAUUGAAGCUAAACAAACAACGAUCUUUUAAUUAAUUUAUACAUUAUCUUGUAUAACAUUAUUUAAGGAUGAUUUAUUAUAACUAGCUUAAAAUGAUAAAGAUAAAGUUAUAGCUAACAUGUUUAUUAUAUCCAAAUAUAUUUUUGAAAUCCUAAUAAAUGGUGUUCUCGAUCCAAUAUUCAAAUAAUCUGAUAGUAAUGGUGAAACACUUCAUAACACUUUAACAUCAAUUCAUAUGGGUAUGUUUCUAAUAGUGAGCUUGGAUAAAUUAAAUUAAGAAUAAUAAAUACGAUAAAAUUUGCAAAAUAAAAAUAUUAAAUCCCUCAUAGAUCUUUGGAAAAAUAAAAAGAAUUUAAAUAACUGA